AUGCCUCCUCUGUCGGCUUACACUCCUUUCGAAUCUCUCCUCUUCUUCCAAUCACUCGCAGCACUAGACGCCCGCCCUGCUGAUUUUGUCUCGAUUUCUGACCGUCUUCGCAGCAAUCGAUUCGUCCGCGACAAUGUCGCAUUUGAUGCGGGGCGACUCGCCCCUGAAGCUCUGGAAGAUUUGUACAGUACUUUGAUGCGAGAGGGUAUAGAUACCACGACGACUACAUCCACCCAUGAGCCAAAUGGACGGCAUGAGGGAAGUCAUGGUUCCAAUAACCCGAAGAAGCGGAAGAUUACAAGUCCACGGCCAGACGGUUUGGUGGACAAGGGGAUAGGCCAUGCCGGUAUCGCUGCCGAUUUCGUGACCCACUUAUACGCUCGAUACAAGGAACUUGCGACGAAAGAGAUUAGAAAUGAGGAGAAAAAAUAUAAUGAAAUUCGGGACGAGAUCGAGCGUCUGAAGCAAGAGCGCGAAGCGCCUCAAAAGCCACUACCGACGCCUUUGGAGGCCCAGAAACCUAUUCCUGAGGUUCAUAUGGACAAACGAUACUCUUCACCGGAGCCGAUGGAUGUGGAUCAUAGGGAAGAGAAACCUAUUGAGAACCCUCACCCGAAUGCCCUGCAGAGCGCAGUUGGGCCUGAAACAAAACCCGAGGUCAACCAACCCCAACCAGAGUCGCAGCAUAAGGAGGUAGUGACUCCUCAACAGCCGACACAGGUUACUCCCCGGCAAACGGCACAGCAUCAGGUUCCACUAUCUGCAUCGCCAGUCAAGAAGUCACAAGAAGAGCAGCCAAGAAAGCCGAUACCGCCACAGUCGCAAUUGGCACAACAUCAGCACCAGCAACCUCUUCAUCCUCGGCCCAUCCCACCAGCAUCUACACCUCAGUUAUCUCAGGUACAGUCGCCCGAUGAGAAGAUCUCGGCGCCUCACGCUCCCGCGUUGGCAUCCAGAGAUAUUCCUACUGCUCAGGCAGCUUCCAAUAUUCCACCUAUUCCACCACAAAUACCACCUACUCCUUCAGGGCCCGCUGCCAGUUCUGUGCAAGGUCCUACGACGACGCCUUCGCAUUCUUUACAGAAAGUAAAACACCCUGUUUCUCAUCCAACUCCGAUACAAGCAGCACCAAUAGUGAAGGCAGCUAGCAAAGAAGCCUCGACUAUGCCUGCACCUACUACAGCCCAACGUCCUGCACAGCCAAGUUUCCAGCAAUGGGCCUUGAAUCAAGCCCCACAGGCGCCACAUCCUUCGUACCCGAAAGCCGAACUCUCGGGUCAGAUUGCUGCGGAGAAAAACCUCUCACCCACUUCGUCGCAGCAGACACCAAAGCCUCAAUCUAAGAAAGUUCAAUCACCUCUAUUAUCCAUGAAUGUACCGUCAACUCCCUUGUCAGUAUCAACUACCCAGUCGCCGGCCCCUAGUGGUAGCGGUGCAGGUUUUGAGACCCCGAUGGCAGCAGCUUAUGCUCUAUUGCGCUCACAGUCACGGGGCCCACGUCCCCCCCGACUAUCCAUUGAUACGUCAGGUUCUGUUACUCCAUGGAAGAAAACUCCCCGUCUGAGUAUCCCACAUUCUCCUCGGUCGCCAGAUCGGCCCCGUCCAGAAGAUGUUAGUCCUAUUAGUGAGAAGGCGCCAUCCUUGAUGGGUUCUCGUGAAGCAACUCCAGAAGAGCAUGAGCCGCAGCGCCGCAAACGUCGACAAGAGGCAAAGGGGUCACGUGGUCGAGAGCCUAGUUUUCCCGCGACUGACAUGGAUAGUAAAACUGGGUUAAGAAAAAAGCAAGAAAAAUUAACAAUUUCUACUAGGAAGAGGCGAGACAGGAGUGUGGCUUCUUCACGGAGCCGGGGGCGGUCUGUAUUAUCACGCGACGAGGAAUCUGCCACCGAAUCUCUUGGAAAGAUUAAACAUGAAAUGCCCAGUACUCCAGCUUGUGUGCCGGAUGCUGUUGAGCCAGACCACCGUGUUUCUGGGGGCCGUAAAGGUGCUUUAGCUUCAGAGGAACGUCCAGGCAGGGGCAGACCAAAACGGAAGCGUGCCCCUAGUGAAACAUUAGAGGCUGAGCCCAUCCAGCCAGAUAUCAACCAGCUCAAUCGCAUAGAUCCUAACCAGUCAGCCCCCUACGUUCUUUGCGCACGUAAUUUUCCGAGGACCACCCAACCCAUCAUGAACGAUGUCACUACCCACAAACAUGCUUCGAUAUUUACCAAGCCGUUGACGGAGCGUGAUGCUCCUGGGUAUCGAGAUCUUAUUUAUCGGCCACAGGAUUUAAAAUCGAUCAAGUCGUCUAUCCAUCAAGGCAGCAAGGCCUUGGCGGCCGCGACAGAAGCCGUAAGCACACCAGUUGCUGAUGGCGAAUCUCCAGCCCCGAAUGCCGGGACCCCGUCGAAGAAUGCUGUGCUCAUGCUGCAGAAGAGCGAGGAUGUAAUUCCUCCCAAGGCCAUAGUCAACUCAGCGCAACUUGAAAAAGAGCUUAUUCGCAUGUUCGCCAAUGCGGUCAUGUUUAACCCCGUUCCUCAACGUGGAUUUGGUGUAGCAUUUCCUAUGACCAGCGACGGUGGAUCCAGGGAAAGCACGCAGGUCCCGGAACCAGACGAAGGUGGUAUCAUCAAAGAUACCCAGGAGAUGUUUGAAGAUGUCGAGCAAGCGGUCACGCGAUGGCGCGCUGCCGAGCGUACCACUGACGAGCUAGUAAGUAAGAGCAUCCUGUCACUUCGAAGAGGAAGUGCCAGUGAUCUCAAUACGGACAGUGCAGAUGAAGUCAAGGGAUAA